GCUCUUUUUUAUCAUCUAGCUCGCGUGCUUAUGCGGAAGCACAGCUUGUAGCUUCUGUUGUUCGCAAUGUCCUUCAUGCAGGAACAGCACGAGCACUCGUAUUAUGUAUGCUCUGCUCUUGUUAUUGGGAACUAUUGCAGCCUGUAUUACUCUGGCACCUGGUCUUCAAAGUGCUCUCAAAAAGGUUCCAUUCUGUGCAAACAGUUCCAGUUAUGUUCCAUUUGACACUUUUGAUUGUGAAUCUGCAGUUGGUUAUCUGGCAGUUUAUAGAAUAUGUUUCAUUCUCUCUUUAUAUUUUUUCUUGAUGUCUGUAAUAAUGAUCAGGGUGAAAAGUUCACAAGAUCCACGGGCAGCCAUACAGAAUGGAUUUUGGGCAAUCAAGUAUCUUCUGAUAAUUGGAGGAAUUAUUGGUGCUUUCUUUAUCCCAGAAGGAUCAUUUGGAUCUACCUGGAUGUACUUUGGGAUGUUAGGAGGUUUCCUUUUUAUAAUUAUUCAGUUAAUUUUAAUUGUUGACUUUGCACAUUCUUGGGCUGAUGCUUGGGUAGGAAAUUAUGAAGAGACCGAAUCAAAAGGAUGGUAUGCCGCAUUACUAGGUGCAACUUUCUUUAAUUAUGCCAUUUCUAUUACUGGAGUGGCGUUACUUUAUGUAUAUUAUACAUAUCAAGAUACGUGCGCUCUGAACAAAUUUUUCAUUUCAUUUAAUUUGAUUCUAUGUGUUAUCACUAGUAUUGUGUCAAUUUUACCAAUUGUACAAGAACAUCAACCACGAUCUGGACUUCUUCAGUCCUCUGUGGUAAUGUUAUAUGUAAUAUAUUUAACAUGGAGCGGUAUAUCAAACAGUCCAGAGCGUCAGUGUAAACCUGGUCCUGUUUUUCCGAGUAAUGAUAUCAAUACACAAAAUCGUGUCACUUUUGACAAAGAAAGCAUUAUUGGACUUAUAAUAUGGUUUAGCUGCGUUUUGUAUAGCUCCUUACGUACAGCUUCCAAAUCGUCAAAGAUUACAAUGUCCGAAAAUGUAUUAGUUCAGGAUAAUGGAGCUGUUAGGAAUGUGGGAGAGCAGUCACUUAUCGGCAAUGAAGAUUAUACUACAGUAGAAGGACGCAAUCAUGAUGCAGAAGGUGGAAAUGAUGCCAAAGUUUGGGAUAAUGAAGAAGAAAAAGUAGCGUAUAAUUGGAGUUUCUUCCAUCUUAUGUUUGCUCUUGCUACUUUAUAUGUUAUGAUGACUCUUACGAACUGGUAUGAACCAAACUCCAAUCUGAUAACUUUAAAUGCAAAUACUGCUUCAAUGUGGGUAAAGAUUAUUUCUUCUUGGAUGUGUUUGGGUCUUUAUGUGUGGUCAUUAGUAGCACCUGCCAUUUUCCCAAAUAGAGAUUUCUCUUAAAUCUCUGGAUUUAUUGUAAGCCAGAUCUAUAAAACAGACAUUUCUCUGCUUCUAACAUUGAAAUGCUAAUUAUGAUUAUAUUUAAACCAAAUAAUAUGCAAUAUGAAAUAUUGCAUAUUAAGAUAUAUAUUGAUAUAUUACCUAAGAAGUAGACGCAAAUUUGCUUCCUCAACGAUUAUGUAUUUAAUAUAAAUAUGUGCAGAAUAUGUCGCAUGUAACUUUAAUUACUAAACUUCUAUUAACUAACUCAUAGCAUAUGCAAGAUUUAACUAUCAGUUUAAUUGUGUGCUUUGUUAUGGGGAACUAACUAGUUUUAUUGUUAUCACAUGCUUUAUAAGCUAUAAAAAUCAAUUCUAUUAAUGUCAUAUGUAUAAUUAUAUAUGUAUAAAAUUAUACGGUAUAUAAAAGUAUGAUAGGGAAAUUACAUAUUUAUAUCUCUAAUAAGAAAUUUAUAUGGUUAUUUAAAAAAUUAUUUCAGCAUCUUAUUCAACUUUUGUAUCAUGCUAUAUGUCGCAUGUACUCAAAUAAUAUUGCUGUACCACUGAUGCAUUUAUAACUAGUUUAUAAUUGAUAAUUGACGCAUAAAUAUGCGUUAUUGCAAUUUAUAUUAAUUGCAUAUAUACAUAUAUGUAUUCCUAUUCCUAUCACAUCUGACUCUAUUGAUAUAAUAUGACAUAAUUGAAUACAUUCAUGAUGGUGCUACUUACUAAAAAUUAUAGCGUGUGUUUAGAAAUUAUUUUUUUCAGAGGAUGAUUACAAGAAUAUUUUAUUUAUUAGCACAUGUAUUUCAUUCACUUUUAAUUGAUUCUUUCUUUCAAUUAUUGUUUUAUGCUUUUAUUUUCAGCUAAAACAGCCUCAGUUUAGAGCUUUCUUGUAAUAUCAUCCGCCUAUUACAAAACGUACGUAAUUACUACUAUAAAAGAAGUUAAUGAGAACUGAUCUUGUGAAUGAGUACUAUUAAGAUUGUAGGAUUAGAUAACUAUAUGUGAUAAUUUUUUGCAAUUCUUUGAUACAGAAAAAGUUAUUCUUUGAAGUAACUUUUGUGAAGUGUUUACAUAAUUAUGAGUCUAGCAAAAACUUGUUUCUUUUUAACAUUUUAAACGAUAUAAGAUAUUUCUUUCUGUGCUUGUAUAUUUACAUUUCAACUUAAUGAAACAAAAAUAUAUAUGUAGGCAUACUCCACUUCUAUAUAACUAUGUA